ACAAACAGCUCGCACUGGGUUACAGUCUGAUGAGCAUCUGAUGUGUUCAGCUGUGGAAAGCUAUCAAACGGGCUCAGGAAAGAGCAGACUCCACAGUGGAAGCUGUAGAAGAUGCAGAUAAAGAGCCAGACGUUGUUGGAUCAUCUGAGAAAACUUUCCUGAGAUGAGCAGGGCAGACAUGUCGCUGAGGACAGCAGUUGUGUCCACGGUCCUUUGCUUUCUCUCUCUUCAGAGCAUACUCAAAGGUGUAGAGGUGGGUGCAGACCCAGUGGACGUGUGUUCGUUGUGCCACCCUAACGCCACCUGUGAGGACAAGGCGGACGGAAGCCCGGGCAAAGUCUGCAACUGCAUGUAUGGCUUUGUGGGGAACGGCCUCACACACUGUCAAGAUAAGGACGAGUGUCAGAUGAGUGGAAACAGAAUCUGUGGUAAUCACACGACUUGUCACAACACAUACGGAAGCUUCUACUGCACCUGUCUACGAGGUUACACCCCAUCCAACAGCAUGCCAAUCUUUAUCCCUAACGACGGAACGUACUGCCACGAUAUAGACGAGUGCAGAAUACCUGGAAUUUGUGGUGAGGGGGGUCACUGUAAGAACACCCCAGGUGAUUUCACCUGUUCCUGCCAAACCGGGUACAGAGUACAGAACGGAUCAGAACCAUUCAACUCAAAACGGGACAAAGCUUUCUGCAGAGCCAUUGACUGUGGACAGCCUCCUUCAGUCACACAUGCCAUUCAACUUCUACCCAUUCAAACCAAAUAUGGAAGUGUUGUAAAAUACCACUGUAUGACGGGCUUCCUCUGGAAGAGCGGGAAAAACUCAUCCACUUGUGGACACGAGGGAAUAUGGACAGUUCCAAAUCUUGUUUGUGAAGAGGUAGACUGUGGUUCACCUCCCUCAUUCCCACACUCAGAAAUGAUAUGGAAUAAAAACGGUAAAAUGGGUUCAGUGGCUUUUUAUCUCUGUGAUGUUGGAUUCCGUAACACAGGACAUGAAAACGUGUCAGUUUGCACUGCCAAGGGUACCUGGUCCCAACCCAGCUUUUUGUGUGAAGAGAUAGUUUGCGGAGAUCCUCCUGUUCUGCCUCACUCAGUAAUGACUUGGAACAGGGACAUUAAAAUGGGCUCUGAGGUGGUGUAUGAAUGUGCUGUUGGAUAUCAGAGUUUGGGUGGGGAGAAUGUUUCUGUUUGCAUGAAGGAUGGACAGUGGAGCAAACCCUCUAUGACAUGUGAAGAGAUUUCUUGCGGGGACCCGCCUGUGCUGCCUUACACUGGCCGGGAGUGGAAUGGCAGCUCAAAGUUUGGCAGCGUGGUUGUCUAUUUCUGUCAUGCGGGAUAUUAUCAUGAACAGGGAGACAACAAAUCAUUUUGCGCAGAUAACGGUUUCUGGACAACGUCAACCAUAGUAUGCAAAGUGAUUGACUGUGGGGACCCUCCUGCCCUGCCUAACUCUGUAAUGUUGUGGAACAGAGACACUAAACUGGGCUCAGAGGUUUUAUAUGAAUGCAAACCUGGAUUUAACAACACGAGAUCUGAAAAUGUAUCAGUUUGCACUCCUGACAGUUACUGGAGCCGCCCUGAUUUUUGGUGCCAAGCUUCCUUCCUCCCUCUCUCAGAGAUAGUGUGCGGGGCACCCCCGACCCUGCCUAACUCAGUAAUGCAAUGGGACAGAGACACUAAAGUGAACUCUGAGGUGUUUUAUAAGUGUGAUGUCGGAUAUCACAGUGUGGGAAGCGGAAACGUUUCCAUCUGCACCACAAUCGGACAAUGGAGCGACCCCUCUAUGACCUGUGAAGAAACAAGCUGUGGCCCACCACCAGUACUGCCUAACACUGUUCUGAACUGGGACCAGACCUCUAGACUGGGAAGCACAGUUCAGUAUGCAUGUAAAUAUGGAUUUUAUCAGGAGAGUGGUGAGAAUCUCUCCACCUGCACCUCAGCAGGACGGUGGGAGAAGGUUUCAAUCUCAUGCAGAGCCCUUUGUGGCCCCGCCCCCUUUUUGGCCCAUGCUGAGCUAGCGUGGGAGAACACCACAACAAUCCGUUAUCGAUGCCAGACAGGAUAUUACAGACACGCAGGAAGUGACACGUCUGUGUGUGACGUCAGAGGACAGUGGCAAGCCGCCACUCUGCAAUGCAAGGUGAUUAAAUACGGUGUUAGAGAGCUGGUGGUUUUCAACGAGCGAUGCCUCAGGUGGCGAGCAGAUGAAGAUGGAGAAAAGGAACAUUACAGAGUGGAGUUUGUCGGAUUAAGAGACUACGACAAGUCGUUCCGUGAUUGGAGGAAAAAAGAGUUCAGCUCAGCGGCAGACAGGCCUGUUCUGUGCUUACAUCUACUGCCUGCAACCAACUACACCAUCAACAUCACAGCACUGCUGGCCCAAACCUCCACCACCACCAUAACCAACACCAGCAUACACAUUCCCCCAGUGCCAGCCGUCACAUACAGUGAGGUUGAAGUACCUCUGCCCACUCUGAGACUGCACCGAUCUCCUCACAGCCUGGAUCAAAUAUGUGUGUACCAGGUGUUUGUGCUGCCAAUAGAGGAAACAUUAGUGUUUGACUGUCGACUCUCAGACCGCCCUCACCUCCCCAGGCAGACCCAGGGCAGCAGGGCAUACGUGGCAGCCCAGAUUCAGCUGAGGGAUCUGGGCAGAGAGCUCCAUUUCACAGUGGGAGAUGAGCAGGCCUAUGGAGGAUAUUACAACGCCCCACUGGAGAAUGGGAGAGACUAUUACAUCAUUCUCCGCACUGUUUGCCAAUGGGGAAAGAGCAGGGAACAGUCCUGUGUUAUCUGGGCAAAAGCCACAGGUACACCACGUGCCACCAGGUUGUCGGCCCUAAUUACCGCAGGAUCUAUCGGAAUCACAGGCGUUGCCGUCUUCAUUGGAUACUGCUGCAAAUGGCUCCUCAAGAGGACUUGACACAUGUAUUCCGUGAUCUUGAAAAUCACGCUGUAAUGUUGCUCUGGGACGUUAUAAAGUGAGGCACACUUGUUUUUGGCAUGCAUGGCUCUUUUGAAGGAGUACGGAAAUGCCUCUUAUUUACACCUUUGUUAUUACAUUUAUAACUGGUAUUCAUAGUACAAUAAC